UAUAAUUUAAUUUAUUAAAUAAUUAGCGAAAAAAUAGCAAUAAAAUUUCAAGAAAAAAGAAAAAAAGAAAACCAUAAAAAUUAAAAUCAAUUAUUAAUGUCGUCGACGAACGAAGGCGAUAUUCCAAAACAAAGAACAUCAGUUCCUCCAUCAUCAUUUCCGACACCAUUUUUAACAUCAUUAUCAGCUUCAACUUCACAAUAUUAUCGACAACAACAGCAAAUUCAGCAACAUUCACAACACCAACAACAGAGUAGUUUUAAUCCUGAUAAUAGUGGUAGUCCAGCAGGUAUUGGUGGUCAUAAUAUAUCAGGUGGUAUUGCUGGUGGUCAUGGUGGUUUUAUAUCAUCAAGUGAAUCUGAUACACCACCCGGUACAUCAUCAUCAAAAUGUAAUUUACAUGUUGAUUUUCUUGAAGCAUUAAUUUAUUUACAAGAUACAUGUACAAUUAAUCGACCAAUAUAUUAUUAUACAAAUACUGCUGAUACAAAUACAAAAAAAUCAAUUAAUUGGACGAAAAAUUGUAAAUGUUCAUUACAUCAAAUAUUAAUAAAGGAGUUUGCAACACUAACAAAGGAAUUAACACAGGCUCGUGAAACUCUAUUAGAACGAGAUGAAGAAAUUGCUGAAUUAAAAGCUGAACGAAAUAAUACAAGGCUUUUACUUGAGCAUUUAGAAUGUUUAGUAUCACGGCAUGAACGUUCCUUACGUAUGACUGUUGUUAAAAGGCAAGCGGCAGCUCAAAGUGGUGUUUCUAGUGAAGUUGAAGUAUUAAAAGCUUUAAAAAGUUUAUUUGAACAUCAUAAAGCUUUAGAUGAAAAGGUACGAGAACGACUGCGAAUUUCAUUAGAAAAAAAUUCACAGUUAGAAGAGGAAUUGAAUUCAACCAAAGAUGAACUUCAACAAUAUAAGUCAGGUGCAAUACAACAUAAUAGUAAUAGCGAUGGUAGUAAAGAAAAUGGUGAUGGUGAUAAGAAAAGUGGUAUUAAUGGUGAAAGUCAGGAUUCAAUUGAUUAUGCUGCCAAAACACAUGAAUUACAAACAAUUAUUGAGAAACAGUGGCAUUUAAAGAAAAACACAAAAUUAGGUACGCAAUCAAUAUUUGAAUUAGAUGAUUUUGCCAAUAUUAAAAGAAGUAUUUUAAAACAACCAGAGAGUGAAAAAAUUUUAACACGUUUUAAUUAUCAAUUGAAUUCAACAGAUCAGGUGAAAAAUACUGCUGAAUUAUCACAAUGGCAACGUCGUGUAUCCGACUUAAAUAAUAAAAUUAGCGAACUUGAAGAAAAUUUAACGAAAGUUCAAAAGGAGUUAUCAAAAUCACAGGAACAAUGCUCGAAAUUACAACGUGAUUUACGUGAAAAUGUUGCACAAAAAGAAGAUCAGGAGGAGAGAAUAACAACUUUAGAGAAACGAUAUCUAAAUGCUCAAAGAGAAUCAACAUCAUUGCAUGAUUUGAAUGAGAAACUAGAACAAGAACUGCGACAUAAAGAAGCUCAAUUGAAGUUACAUGAAGAGAAAAUCGCGGCAAUUCAAGAAAAAUUGGAGUUAUCUGAACAAAAAUUACAGCAACAAGCCAAAUUACCUGAAAUGGAAGAACAAUUAAAGGCCCGUAUGGAAGCGUUAACUCAGGUAGGAAAUAAGGCACAAGAACGUCAUGGUUCGGCUGAAGAUCGUAUCCAAAGAUUAGAAGCUACAUUAGAAGAAAAGAAUGCUGAAAUAUUACGCCUUAACCAAAGACUUAAAAUGAAUGAGGAACAUAAUCAGCGUCUCUCAUCCACCGUUGAUAAAUUAUUAUCAGAAUCAAAUGAACGUUUACAAGUACAUUUGAAAGAACGGAUGCAUGCGUUAGAUGAAAAAAAUAAUUUAACACAAGAAUUAGAAAAGGCAAGAAAAGUUGCAGAAGAAUUACAUCAAGAGAAAACAGAUAUAUUAAAAGAAUUAUCAAAAACACGUUUAGAAAUUGAAAAUUUCAAAAGGCAAUUACUGCAACAAGAAUUCGCAUAUAAUAUACAACAAACAGAAGCAUUAACUAGAAGUUUAUCACCAAGUAGUGUUCUUGAUGGCACUGCAUUUUCAAGGAGUACCUCACAUACUAGUUUUGAUACACAUUCUUUACGACGUGCAAAAUCACGUAUGGAAGAGAAUGAACAAUAUGCUAGAAGUCUAGCAGAACAGGAAUGGGGAAAAUUACAGCAGGCGCAUGUAUUAUCAAAUGUUCAACAAGCAUUCGAUUUAUCAGGCGAAGAUCCAGAAGUUGUUGAUGGAUUAUUUAAUACAGGGGAAAUUAUGUCACCAACAGGUCAUACAGAUGCUCAAACACUUGCAAUGAUGUUGCAAGAACAAUUAGAUGCUAUAAAUAAUGAGAUUAGGUUAAUACAAGAAGAAAAGCAAUCAACAGAAGCACGUGCAGAAGAGUUAGAAUCAAGAGUUGGUAGUUUAGAGCAUAUGCAUUUAUUAGCACGUGGUAGAUCAAUGGAUCGUCAAAGUCCAGAAUUAAGUGGACGUAGUACACCAAAUAGUCCAAAUAGAGAUUACUUACAUAAAUACCAUACGGCCCCAGCCUCAAUGUCUCCAGCUCAUCUACAUCAAUAUGCGGCCUCUUUAAGUCCAGGCCAAUUAUCUGAAUCUCUUCCUUCGAGUCAGCUUAAUUUACCAGCAUUAUCGGCUGAUGUUUCUAGAGAUGAAUUACAUGGUAUGACGUUAGGACCUGGAGGUGAUUCUAGUUCAGGUGGUGCAGCAUCACCAUUAACGGCACGUUCAUUACGUUUAGAGCGCGUUGCUCAAGCUUUAGCACAUAGUCAAGAAGAAUUAAGAAGAAGAUCAAUGGGAUUGCAGCCUAAUCCACCUGGACCAAAUAAUAAUAAUUACAGGGUUGGGGUUAGUAAUUAUGGUCCAUCACCAUUAAGUUCACGUCAUGGUAGUCAAGAAUCAUUAAGGCAUUUAAGCACAAUGGGUUCAAUGAGUUCAAUGAUGUUACAAACACCAACUUCAACUGUUAGCAGGAGUGACGUGGUAGCCGCUGCAGCAGCACAAAAGAAAAAAGGAAUUAAAUCUAGUUUAGGAAGAUUCUUUAGUAAAAAAGAAAAAGUAAAAGGUGUUAAAGAUGCAAUGCCCGAUGGUUCAGCUAGUAUGAUGUCGAUUGGUAAUAUUUCACAAUAUAGUGAUGUUGAAUCAAAUUUCGAUACAAUGAGUAUAUCAACAUUGAAAUUGAGUAGUAAAGUAGACUAUGGUAGACAGAAAAAGAAGGAACACGAUUAUCGGCAUGACUUACUAGGUGAAGCUAUGAAAGCUGGAACACCGUUUGCUCUAUGGAAUGGACCAACAAUUGUUGCAUGGUUAGAAUUAUGGGUUGGUAUGCCAGCUUGGUAUGUUGCAGCUUGUAGAGCAAAUGUUAAAUCUGGAGCAAUUAUGAGUGCUCUCAGUGAUACAGAAAUUCAACGAGAAAUCGGUAUAAGUAAUCCUUUACAUAGACUGAAAUUACGUCUUGCCAUACAGGAGAUGGUGUCGUUAACAUCACCAUCAGCACCACAAACUUCACGCACAACACUUGCCUUUGGUGAUAUGAAUCAUGAAUGGAUUGGAAAUUAUUGGCUUCCUAGUUUAGGUCUACCACAAUAUCGUACCACCUUCAUGGAGUGUUUAGUUGAUGCUAGAAUGUUAGAUCAUUUAACCAAAAAAGACUUACGUGGGCAACUAAAAAUGGUUGAUAGUUUUCAUAGAAAUAGUUUACAAUAUGGUAUUUCAUGUUUGAAACGUUUAAAUUAUGAUCGUCAAAUGUUAGAAGAAAGACGAAAAGCAUGUGAAAACUCAAUUAGUGAUGUACUAGUAUGGAGUAAUGAACGUGUUAUACGAUGGGUAUCCAAUAUUGGGCUCAAAGAAUAUGGCAAUAAUUUAUUAGAAUCAGGUGUUCAUGGAGCUUUAAUAGCAUUAGAUGAAAAUUUCAGUGCCAAUUCAAUGGCAUUAGCAUUACAAAUUCCAACACAAAAUACACAAGCGCGACAAACUUUACAAUUGGAAUUUAAUACAUUACUCCAAGUUGCCACUGAUAGAAGGCCAGAAAAUGAACAAUUGGAUAAAUCUUGAUCAAACGCCAGUUUGUCUACAUUAAGCGAUGAAUAAAAAAAACUCACCUAUAAUUAAAGGCAGAGAGUAAAAUUGCUAAUUUUUUUUAUAUAAAAAUGCAAUAAAGAAAAAAAAUAUCCAAAUUAAUUAAAAAAUUUGAUACAUCAAGAAAUAAGAAAAAAGCAUAUGAAAUAUUUUCAUUAAAAAACAAAAUUUUUUUUGUUAUACAAUAGUAUUAUUGUAAGAAAAAAAAAACAACAAACAAAAAACAAAAUAAAAAAUUAUAAAAAUACAAAAAAUUUAAAAACAUUCAUUGAAGGCUGAGAAAUAUUUCACAAAUUUAUGCAUUAACAAAUUAAAAAAAAAAUAUUUAGGAAAGAAAAGAAAAAAAAACAAGUAUUUUAGAAACAUUAAAAGAAAAAAUACCAUCGAUCAUAUUUACUCUACAUAUUAUUAUAUAUAUAAAUAUAUAUAAAUUCAACAGCAUAAUAUUAUAUAAAUGUCUUUAAGUAUAUCGAAUAAUCGCUUAAUGUUGACAAAAUUAAUUAAAAUUUUACUUAAAUUUUAAAUUUAAUUUUUGUUUUUUUAUUUUCAUUUAUGAUUUUAUUUAAAAUCAUAUCACACAAACUUAAAAGUUUUAUUAAAAGCCCGGUGAUACGUAAAGGAUACAAAUGUUAUAUAAUCAAUAAUACAGUCAUAAAAUGGUGUCAAACUUCAUUACAUAAAAUCAUAUGGGAAAAUACAUACAUAGAUCGUGACAUUUUUUAAAUUCUAUAUUUAAAUUCAUAAAAUAUUGUGACAAUAUUUUUGUGGCGGCUUAUAAUUAUUAUGAAAUUAAAUCUUUUUUUUGACACUAUUCUUCAUCAAGAUCAUUAUUUACAGAAAUUAUUUGAAAAAAAAAACAACAAAACAAACUACCUAAAAUUAUAAAUAACAAAAAAAAAGUAUAUAAAGAUAAUUUAAACUAUGAAUGAGAAGGGGAGGCUGAAUAAUCAAGGAAAUUGAAAACAAUAAAUAAUAUAAUACAUACAUACAUACAUAUAUACAAAAAGCUUGUUUUUUUUAUUUUGAUAUAGGUAUGUAACAAAACUUACAUAAAUAUAAUUCUUAAUUAAAUAACAAGAGAAAAUCAAAAGAUUAAAGAUUUAAAUAGUCAAAUUACACAAAUAAUACAAAAAACAAAAAUAGAAAUAAAAAAUUUAAUAAUAUGAAAAUUUAAGGAAAAA